AUGGGUAUUUGCUAAUCUCACGAUACACGAAUCUGCUCUGAAGAAUUUUAAUCAAUACCUCUUCCUAAUUUAUAAUAAGAAUUUACUGAUGAAUUUACCCAGUAGGAAAAUUAGGUUACCGUCAGUUAGUCCAAGAAAGAUUUUGAUGCUGAUUUACCAAUUUAGACUUUGUAAAAUAAUUUAAACUCACAUCCUCUUUCCAAAACUCUCUAUAUCAUUUAUAAUAAAUGUCGAAUUGAGAGACCAAUAGAAGUGGAAUAAGGAACAUAUUAAGGAUAAUGGUUUGCAGGAAAAUAGUGUGGUUUUGGCCGUAUGUAUUACAAAAAUAAAGACUAUUAUGAAGGAUUCUGGUUACUUGGUCGAAAACAUCAUAUGGGAAUUUUCAUUUAAAUGAAUAAGCAACCUCUUAUUGGAGAAUGGUUUGAUGAUAAAUUCCUUGGUAAUGAUAUAUCUAAUAAUCUUACAAAAGAUUCGAAGCUCUCUUAUUCUAAUUUACUUAAUGUACUUGAAUUAUUUAUUAUUAUUCAGCUCUAACCUAUUCAAAUAAAAGAUUAACUAUACUAUGGAGAGUAUACUAACAAUGGUAAAUAAGGUUUUGGGUUGUGCAUUUAAAAAGGAGAAUAUAAAUUUAUAGGGUAUUUCUCAAAUGACAAAAAAUAAGGUUAUGGUAUUGAAAUAACAAAGAGUGAUGUUUAUAGAGGUUGUUUUAAAGAUGGACUUAGAUGUGGUAUUGGUCAUCUAAAAAAGAAUAAGAAUUUAUUUAUAGGUAAGAAUAAUAUAAUAUUAUAAGGCUAGUUUGAAAAUAAUUAACCAACGACUAAUGGUAUUUCAAUUUAAAUUUGA